CGGGAUUAUGGGAUUAGAGGCAGAUGACAGGACUCAGGCUCUGGCGCAUCGUCACUCUCAUCUUUCGUCUCUGAGUCUGUUGUCGUGGCGAUGGUGGUAGGAUGGACCAGGGUCACGGAGACGCACUGAACUGACCAGCUGGAUCUUCCCUGAUGAAAGCUGCCAUGUGUCUGGACUUCCUCGUCCUCUUCCUCCUCCUCCUCUACUCGCCGCCGCUCCUCUUCCGGCCACAGGAGGUCUCCACUUCCUGUCCGCGCCCGUGCGCCUGCCGGGAUCACCUGGCGGACUGCGGCGCUCGAGGGUUGAGGCAUGUCCCCCGGGGCUUCCCUCACGACACCUGGAUGCUGGAGCUCGGCGCCAACAACCUGAGUCGGGUCGGCAGCCGAGCUUUCGGGGGGCUCUGGUCGCUGCGGGUCCUGGUGCUGACGGGGAACCAGAUCGAGGACCUCCAGCCGCAGGCCUUCUUCUCGCUGUCCUUCCUGGAGAGGUUGGAGCUGAGCUGGAACCGGCUGAGCUUGCUGCCUGCAGACUUCUCCUGGGGCCUGUCGGCGCUGAAGGAACUGCGCCUGGCGCACAACAGCCUGAGCCACAUCCCUGGAUACAGCUUCCAGCACCUGGACAACAUGGAGAAGCUGGACCUCAGCUACAACCAGCUGCUGUGGCUGAGCCCCGGCGUCUUCAGGGGCCUCUUCAGACUCCGCCUUCUCUCCCUGCGCAACAACAAGCUGAGCGUGGUGCAGCGCGGGAGUCUGGACAUGCUGCCGGCGCUGGAGGUGCUGCAGCUGAGCAACAACAACAUCACGCAGGUGGACGGCGCAGCUCUGGCGCCGCUCUACAGUUUGGCAGUCCUGGCUCUGGACGGCAACAGCCUGAGUCACCUCAAGUUCAAGACCUUCACCAGUCUGCACACCACGGCCACACACCUCCAGCUCGCCGGAAACCCCUGGAGCUGCGACUGCGACCUGCACCGAGUCUUCACCAAGAUCCUCUACGUCCGCCACCUGCACAUCGACGACUACCAGAACGUGAGCUGCCUGGAGCCGCCGCAGCUGAGCGGCGCCGCUCUGGCCCGGGUGGACAGUCAGCUGUGCGUGGCUGAGACGGCCACCGGCCUGGUCAUCACCGUCACCGUGGUGGGCACCGUGGUGGCGGCCGUGGUCAUGUCCGAGAGGAACCGGAAGAGGAACCGAGGCUAGAGCUGCUGCCAGAGCUGAGCUACCGGCCUUCACACCUCACAUCCUCCCACUCUCACUUUUCCUCCCUUCUACAGCGCUUUUCCACCACAAAUGAAUAAACAAUGACAACUUC